AUGGUAUUUUAUCGUUAUCUAAUAUUUCUUUCUUUCUUUCUUUCUUUCUUUCUUUCUUACUCUAUGUCUCUCGUUUUAUCGCCGUCAAUUUAUUUUUAUUUUUCUUAUCUCCGCUCGCUCACCAUAUUUCUCUCUCUUAUUUUAAAUCUGUCUCUUUCUCAUUCUUUCUCUCCAUUUUCUCUGUAUUACUCUUUGUGUUUCUCACUUUCUUACUGUCACUCGUUCUCUCUUCUUCAAUCAUUUUUCUGCUUCUCUUUCUCCCACUCACUUUCUCACUGUCAAUCUAUCUUACUCUCUCUCUCUCUCUCAUUACGUGUAUUUCGACAUUUUCUCUUUCACUCAUUUUCUCUCUCAACGUUUCUCUUUUUCUAUCUUUCUUUUUUAUUCUAUCUCUUACCGCCUGUCUCUCUCUCUCUCUCUCUUCCUGUCUUUCUCACGUUCUCUAGUUCACUAUCACGUUUUCCUACUUUCUCUCUUAUUGCUUGUCUCAUUCUUUCCCCCUUUCUUUCACGCAUUCAAUCUUUCUCUUUUCGUUUCUUUUACACGUUCCGUUUUUCUUAA